ACACAAUUGAUUAAACACUUUUAUACAAACGGUCUGCAAAUUCUCAUGCAAAAUAAGUACUAUCCUGAUUUCAUCGUGUGUUAUAAUGUGUAAAUUAAAAUACUUCGCAUCCAUCCUAAUUAUACAACAAGCAGUAUUUUUUGGAAAUAGUGCUGGCACAAUCCCUACAAAAGGGAAAAAAUUUGGUAAAAUCGAAUUAAGUUCAAUUGAAGUUUUAACAUUUUUCGAAAAUGAGUUUACCAUUGGAAGAAGAUCACCUUCAGUACCGCAGUUACAAUGUCUUGGAAAAAAUUGUGACACGAAACCAACCAGUGUUCAGUGUUAUAAUCAAGGCUGGGACGGUGUAGAUGUUCAGUGGGAAUGUAAAUCAACGAUGAAUAAAAAUAUAAAGUUUGCAAAAAUUCAAGUAUCUUGUGAAGGCUAUGAUGAUCCUGACGAUCCGUACAUUCUUCAAGGAUCUUGCGGUCUAGAAUAUUCCUUAGUAGGAUCGGUAGCAGCACAUUAUAACAUUUGGGGAAUUAAAUAUACCGACAUAUUUUGGGUUACUGUUGUUAUUACGUUAAUCGUGUAUGAAUCUAUGUUUGGAAAAAAGUAUGGCUCAAUUAUUGCUGCCAUUGGAAGAAACAAUAAUAUCAGACCGUCCUCCUCCUCGUCAAGUAGGGUGCAAACCCAUCGUCUCGUAAAAUUAUUGGUACAGGAUGAAAUUGCAAUUCGGAAAUGGCGCAUGCUGCAUCGAACCCUUGGUUUGAACCCGGCCCAUUUCACAACGUUAGAAAAUGCUUAUCAGAACGGGACAAUGGACGCGGAAACAAUGUUUCUCAAAAUGCUGGAUGAAUGGUCAACCGUUAAAGGGGAUCAAGCAACGGUGGAGCAACUGGAAAAAAUUUUAGUAGAAAAUGAAUUAGUGAGUGUGGCAGAGAAGGUAAAGUCCUCAUUUGGCAACGCUAUCAUAACAAUUGCCGCUGUCGCGACUGUACGAUCGAUAACUGCUCCAAAAUGGCCACAGCCGGAACAAUUAGACAAUGGGGAAGAAGAAGCGACUGGAUUUGCAAAAACUAAGCGAAAAUAAUUGCACGAAAUAAUAUGCCAUGUUAUUAAAAAUGCACAAACAUUGGGCAACAAAAAUUAUAUAAUUGUAAAUAAUUUAAGUAUAAAAAUUAAAUGCUAAAAUAUGUAUUUAUUUAUUUAAUUAAGUUGUACGAAAAAAAUAAAGCAU